CACAGCCCAACCCCUUGGCAGCGGAAUUCCCUUGGAUGAAGGAGAAGAAAUCGGCCAAGAAAUCUACCCAGGCUCCAUCCUCUUCUUCCUCUUCUUCCCCCCCAUCAUCUUCCUCGCUGCCGGUCCCUGCCGCAGGAUCUCCUGCAGACACUCAGGGACUGACAGACACCAGCGGCUCCAGGAGACUCCGAACCGCCUACACCAACACUCAACUCCUGGAACUAGAGAAAGAAUUUCACUUCAACAAAUACCUCUGCAGGCCCCGACGGGUAGAAAUCGCUGCUUUACUCGACCUCACCGAAAGACAAGUCAAAGUUUGGUUCCAGAAUCGCAGGAUGAAGCACAAAAGGCAAACUCAGUACAAAGAACCCAAUGAUGGGGAUGUCGCCUACUCCAACCUGGAUGAGGGUAGUGAUCCUGCGGAGGAUGGAGAGGGUAGUCCUGGGGUCAGGGUGGGCACAGAGCCCCAAGGGCAGUCCCGGAGCUCCGGGCAGGGCAGUACAGAGCUCGGGGCAGCAGCAGAACCCAGUGCCUGCCCUGGGACCCGCGACUCGCCCGUGCUGGCAGAGCUGAACAUCUUCUCGGCAGAAUCCUGCCUGCAGCUCUCCGAGGAGCUUUCUCCUACUCUCCACGCCUCCCUGGAGAGUCCCCUGCACUUCUCCGAGGAAGAUUUGGACUUUUUUACCAGCGCACUUUGUACUAUAGAUCUGCAGCAUUUCAAUUUCCAAUAG